UCGGGUCGCAGCAGCGUUGGUGGUGUUGAUCACCCGGGAGUGAAUUAAAAAUGGGUGACGUUGAGAAAGGCAAGAAGAGUUUUGUUCAGAAGUGUGCCCAGUGCCAUACUGUGGAAAAGGGAGGCAAGCAUAAGACUGGACCAAACCUCCACGGUCUGUUUGGGAGGAAGACAGGUCAGGCGGCUGGAUUCUCGUACACAGAUGCCAACAAGAACAAAGGCAUCACCUGGGGAGAGAAUACCCUGAUGGAGUAUUUGGAGAAUCCCAAAAAGUACAUCCCUGGAACAAAAAUGAUCUUCGCUGGAAUUAAGAAGAAGGGAGAAAGGGCAGACCUAAUAGCUUAUCUUAAAAAGGCUACUAAGGAGUAACUCCACUGCCUUAUUUAUUACAAAACAAAUGUCUCGUGACUUUUAAUGUGUACCAUAAUUUAAUUCAUACCCCAAAAUUCAGAUCAUGAAUGGCUAACAAUGUUUUGUUGGACAGUCCUGAUUUAAGUAAAACUGACUUGUAGAAAA